AUGUUUACUCAGAUCUUGUAUGGCCUUACGGCCUUGUCGGCCCUCCAAGGCCAGGUCACUGCAUCACCUGGUGGUUCCAGCCUCGAUCGCUUCAUCUCCAAAGAAGCCGACAUCUCGAUCAAGGGCGUCCUUGCAAACAUUGGCGCGGAUGGCAAGCGAGCUCAGGGCGCAGCACCCGGUGCCGUUGUAGCAAGUCCAUCGCGAACAGACCCAGACUACUGGUACACAUGGACCCGAGACUCCGCGUUGACGUACAAAGUUCUGGUUGAGCGCUUCAUCCACGGAGACAAGUCUCUUCAGCGCAAGAUCGACGAAUACGUCUCUGCCCAAGCCAAACUCCAGGGCGUCACCAACCCAUCUGGUGGCCCUGAGUCUGGCGGUCUUGGCGAGCCUAAAUUCCACGUCAACCUCACAGCCUUCACAGGAUCUUGGGGUCGUCCCCAGCGCGAUGGCCCUCCUUUGAGAGCUACUGCUUUGACACUUUACGCCAACUGGCUUGUUUCUCAUGGCGAUCGCUCCAAGGCCAUCAACAAGGUGUGGCCCGUGAUUGAGAAGGACCUUGCAUACACCGUCAAGUUCUGGAACAGGACUGGAUAUGAUCUUUGGGAGGAGGUCAACGGAUCUUCCUUCUUCACCCUCUCUGCUUCGCAUCGUGCUCUCGUCGAGGGAGCCGCUCUUGCUAAGAAGCUUGGCAAGUCCUGUUCCAACUGUGCAGCCAACGCCCCUCGUGUUCUGUGCUUCAUGCAAAGCUUCUGGACUGGCAGUUACAUCGACUCGAACAUCAACGUUAACGAUGGCCGUAAGGGUCUUGAUGCUAACUCCAUUCUCUCGUCAAUUCAUACUUUUGAUCCUUCCUCGAAGUGCACCGAGUCAACCUUCCAGCCAUGUUCAUCAAGGGCUCUUGCGAACCAUAAGGCAGUAGUGGACUCUUUCCGAUCUAUCUAUGGUGUCAACAAGAACAGAGGUAAAGGCAAAGCUGCUGCUGUCGGUCGAUACAGUGAGGACGUGUACUACGACGGCAACCCUUGGUACUUGGCUACUCUUGCCGCUGCCGAGCAGCUGUAUGCUGCUGUCUACCAGUGGAACAAGAUCGGAUCCAUCACCGUUGACAGUGUGUCGCUCCCAUUCUUCGGCGAUCUUGUCCCAAAGAUUUCCAAGGGUACUUAUCGCAAGAACAGCAAGACAUAUAAGGCUAUCACCAAGGCUGUCACUUCAUAUGCCGAUGGCUUCGUUGCGGUUGUUCAGACAUACACUCCCAAGGAUGGCUCCCUCGCUGAGCAGUUUGAUAAGUCUACUGGAACUCCCAAGUCAGCUGUUCAUCUCACCUGGUCCUACGCUUCCUUUGUCGGUGCCGCCGAACGUCGCACUGGCGUCGUUCCUCCAGCUUGGGGCGAGAGCAGCGCCAACAAGGUCCCAGCUGUUUGCGAAGCAGCUCCUGCGUGUGACACCACCAUCACCUUCAAUGUGAAGAACGUCGAUGUCUCAUCUGAUCAGAAGGUUUACAUUGUUGGCGGAAUCACGGAACUUUCCAACUGGGCUCCUGCUGAUGGCAUUGCACUUGAAGCAUCCACAAGCACUAAGGGUUUGUGGACAGUGAAGGUGAAGAUUCCAUCUGAUACUAGCUUUGAGUACAAGUACAUCAAGAAGACGAGUGAUGGAACAGUCACUUGGGAGAGUGACCCCAACAACAGUGCUGCAACGGGCAGCAAGUGCGGAAGUAGUAGUACGAUCAACGAUGAGUGGAGGUAG